UCCUCUCCUCCUCUCUUCUUCUCUCCUCUCCUCUCCUCAGGUCUGGGGGUGUGACUGGUAGAAUGUGUCUGUCAGAACAGUUCUCUCUCGCCUUCCUGCUCCUCUACGGAGGCUGCUGCCUGCUAAUCAACCCUCUGGGAUCAAAAGCUCAAGAUCUGAACUGCACAUGCCAACUGGAAAAUGGGCGAUGUGACGAGGACACCGGCGAGUGCCAGUGUGAUCCAGGCUGGGGAGGUCCUCAGUGUGGCGACUGUAUGCGUAAGCCGGGGUGUGUCCACGGCUCCUGCCACCAACCCUGGCAGUGCACCUGCGAACCUGGAUGGACUGGACGCUUCUGUGACAAAGACAUCCAUGUGUGCUCCAAGGAGCGGCCGUGUCAGAAUGGGGCCAGCUGCCUGACGGACGAGUGGGGGGAUUACGCCUGCCUCUGCCCCGAGGGCUUCCACGGCAGGAACUGUGAGUUCAGGAUGGGACCAUGCUACAACACUAAGUCUCCCUGUAAGAAUGGCGGGCUAUGUGAGGACCUGGGCGGGUUCUCCCCGGUUCUGACGUGCCGAUGCCUAGUGGGCUUCACGGGGCCGCGCUGCGAGACUGACGUGGACGACUGCCAGCUGCAGCCCUGUGCCAACGGUGCCACCUGCGUGGAUGCCGUCAACCGCUUCUCCUGCCUGUGCCCGCCGGGCUUCACUGGGCGCUUCUGCUCCGCCAACCUGGACGACUGCGCCAGUCGGCCCUGCCUGAAUGGCGGCCGCUGCCUGGACCGCACCAAUGCCUUCCUCUGCCUUUGCGCCCACGGCUACUCGGGCACCACCUGCCAGGUGCCACCCCGGACCCUGCAGGGGGCGCCAGAGGGCAGCGCGCCAGGACAGAACAGCUGGGCCGGAGGGGGAGGGGGAGGAGGGGGAAGGAGGGGGGCGGGGAACCACACUCAGGAUGGGGUGGGGGGGGCAGAGGGGGACGAGCGCCUGCUGAAGAUUUCGGUGAAGGAGGUGUUGGCACAGCGGGGGGUUGCGGGGGGGCUGUCGCAGGGGCAGCUGGUGACGCUGCUGGUGCUGGGCGUGGUGACACUGGCUGUGGUGGCGCUGACGGGGGCGCUGGUGCUGAGGGGGCACUGGCAGGAACACUGCGCCCACCGCUGCCCAUGCAGACCGCCUCCAUCCUCCUCUUCGUCCUCCUCAUCAUCAUCAUCGCCACCGUCCCCGCUCCAGCUGUUCCGCGGUUGCCGAGCGACACGAGAAAGAGCACAGGAGGUGCGGCCUUCGUCGCCCCCUCCCGAGCAGGAGUGUAAAAUCAGCUUCCUGGAGCCGCCCCCCGCACCCCCCGAACCAGAGAAGAAGAAACUGAACUGUGAGGUCAUCUAAGUGAGGUCACCCUUCCUUUCUCUACCUCCAAUCACACGUGGUGUGGAGUGGUGCCUGGACCUACCAGAGUGGGCCACCCCGCCCCACAGCCCUCCCCCAUUCUGUGUGAAGCCACACCCCUGCGGAUCUUGGCAGGGGGUGGGGGGUGCAGGUGAGGGGGACAUUUUGGAACUCUCCAGAAUGAUCUCUGGUUGAGCAAUAUGGGUCUCAGCCACAUCCUCACAGGACUGUUCAACACACGAAGGGGAAGGGUGUGUAACAGCCUCUCUCUCAGCCUGUUGGUGCAGUGUGACCAGUGUCUGUUUCACAGACACACAGGUACACACACACACACACACACACACACACACACACACACA